ACCAACCAACCAAGCCAAACCGCACACGCACCUCUGCCGUGACGUCCCUGCCUCUGCAUCUCCCCAGGCUCUCGUUUCUUUUUCCUCCCCCUCGCCUCCUCACUUCACGCAUUCCCUUUCAUCUCCUUUCUUUUAGGUUGAACUCGCCCUCUUCACGACUCGAUCCGAUCCGACUGAGACACCUCGACGUCGCUGCGCCUUUGUCCCACGAACGAACCGCCCUCUUUAUUGCCCGAGUCCUGCGCUUGUGGCUUGUCCGCCAGACCGUUUGCCACAGCCGCCCACCAUCGCCUCUCCGCCGGCAGCCUGGAAUCGCCUCGCAGCGCUGGCUGCUCGGGUCCCUCCCAAUGGACGGCGAGGAGCCCACGCAAGCGACCCAGAAUGUCCUCGACCCGCGCCGAGUCGGGAAGCAGAACUCUGGCUUCUCUGACGAAGACAUCUCCGAUAUAAUAUGCGUCCUGUACCCUCACUCCGACUCGGCCCGCCAGGAACUCCAGCGUCUCGUCAACGAAGACUCCCCCCACAUCAUUGGCAAGGACGAGGCCGACACCGUCGAACCCGACUAUGCCCUGGAAGACUAUGCCGGUCGUUUCCAGACGAACCACACGAGCUCCGGCAACUACGCCAUCAUUCUUCGACUCUCGACCCAACUAAAGAACCCGGCCGCCGGCUUUGCCUUUGGGCGCAACUCGGCUCGCUGCGAUGUAGUCUUCGUCAAUGACCCCCUCCGGCGCGUGAGCAACAUCCACUUCCGCAUCUACGUCAAUGAGUAUGGUACUGUCAUGGUCGAAGACCAGUCAACCAACGGCACCAUCGUCGACAACCAGCUCCUGGCCUCCCACCCCAACACCAAGGGCAGGACUGACCCCCCAACCACCAAAUGGGUCCUGAGCUCCGGCACCAUCAUCCGAAUCUACCUCCAUCAGGAGGCCAAGGACUUGGCUUUCCGUGUUCGAAUUCCGCGCCGGGAUGACGUCUACGACCAGGCUUAUACCAGCAAAGUAGAGGACUUCUUUACCCGUCAUAAUCUCAAGCGCCAAAACGAGACCAUUACUGCCGGUCCUGGGGGUCAUGUCGACCUGUUCAAGCCCCCUGCUCAGGCAACCCUGAGGAGGGCCGAAACAAAUGAACCGGAUCGUGCCCAGACUCGCUCGCCUUCAAAGAAGAGGGAACCGCCACAGUCCCUCUGUAAGGAGUGGACCGGCUCCGGAAAGUACAACAGGACUGGCAUGAUCGGCAAGGGAGCCUUUGCAGUGGUACAUAGGGUCACCUCCAAGUACGAUGGACUGCCCUAUGCUGCUAAGGAACUUGAAAAGCGAAGGUUCAUUAAGAACGGCGUUUUGGAUCAGAAAGUGGAGAACGAGAUGAAGAUCAUGCAACGGGUCACGCACCCAAAUAUCGUACGCUAUAUCGAGCACUUCGAAUGGGAUGAUAGACUCCUUAUCAUAAUUAUGGAGUAUAUCCCUGGUGGCGAUCUGGGCAAACUCAUCUCAGAUCAAGGCGUACUAAAUGAAGGAGUCGUUCGGGUUAUGUCACAACAGCUUCUGGGCGCUUUGGGUUACUUACACGACAACAACAUUACCCAUCGGGAUGUUAAGCCAGAUAACAUCCUAAUCAACUCCUUGGAUCCCAUCGAUAUCAAGCUCACCGAUUUCGGCCUGUCAAAAAUGGUUGACAGCGAACAGACCUUCCUGAGAACGUUUUGCGGGACUCUUCUCUACUGUGCGCCCGAAGUGUACACUGAGUAUGCCGAGUACGAUGACAAUGGCAUCCGAAGUCGGGGCAAGAAGGUCCGACGCAUGCCUGGGCAGAGGUAUAAUCACGCUGUUGACAUCUGGUCUCUUGGCGGUGUCCUGUUCUAUACGAUGACGGGAGCCCCGCCGUAUCCAGUUAAGGGUGGAAUCAGCUACUCCGAGUUGUUGCACAAAAUCAUGACGUCUCGACUCAACAUUACUCCUCUUCAGAGAUAUGGGAUUACCGAGCAGGCCAUCGACUUUCUCUGCAGGAUGCUUCAACGGCGUCCUGAAAACCGAGCCACUGUGGCUGAACUGGACGGUCACCCCUGGUUAGCCACAUUGGGCUCAGUCAUCGAGGCGUCACAAUCCUUUGAUGAGAUCACGGAUGAUGAAGACAUGGUUGGCAACUUCUCCCAGUUCCAGCAACAUCACUAUGAGGAGGACAGAGUGAGCGACUCGAUGGGCGAAGAAUCCGAAAAGGAGAACACAUUCGGACCUCACACCCACCCGCCUCGGCUGUUUGGGGAGGUCGGUGUCUCUGCCAUUGGCAGCUCCGGGGUCAUCCCGGAAGAUUUCCUCAAUCUUCAGGCAAGCAACCCCAGCAUGGGAGAAACAGAGAUUCUGGGCGAUGACGUGGAUGAAGCCUAUCAGUCUGACGAUUCAGUCGCGCCAAAGGGUGGAGUCCGUCGUACCAUCUCCCGCCAAACGACCAUAUCCAUCGCUCAAAACCAGUCCGCGGAUCAGCUCCAGAGCUUGGUCGAAGAUGUUGCCUCCCAGAGUCUCGGUGGGAACGAGUCCAUCGUGCAAAACCUCGCCCCUCCAAACUAUUCCAUGCAGUCCUCGGACUUUAACACGAGCAAGAGGAGACCGCGUUCGGUCGACACCAGUGACGAAUUUGACGAAAACACGCCUCCCGGAAAGCCUACUAUGAAGAGGCUCAAGUCGGAGGGCAAUAUGGACACCCUCGCUAAUGAUCUAAUUGAAGAAUACAAGUUGAUGGCUCGGAUACCCCAGAUUAGAAGAUCCGGACGUCAAAUCGACGGCCCAUACGAGAAGAGGUCGUUUUGGACACAAGACCGCAAGACCUGGCACCUCGAAUACCCUGAGAUGACACAGAUUCAGCAUGCGGCUUUCACCCAGGCUGCUCGGGAGAGAACCGAAGAAUUUGCCCCCGGAAGGACUCCUCUUUGGGAUCUAGCAAUGAAAUACUUCCCUCCUGUUCCCAAGGGACAGUCGCGAGAGGGGCAAAAUGCCACACCCCGAGAUGUUUCGAAACACGAUGAUCAGCGCAUGGACGAUGAGCCGAUGGAGUUCCCACCUACUGCGGCACCGGUCGAAUUCAAUCAAAUCCCGGAUACCCUUGCACCUAACGCCCAUAUUGUUGUCCCCAUUCAGGACGACAUGCUCAACAAGCGGGCGGUCGGCAUGUUCGAGUCUCACCCUGACUCGUCCAUUCAAGGAAUAUCAUUUCCGGUCACCGACUCGCUGAUUUCCUUUGGUCGAGGCCCCGAAAAUACCCAGGUGUUCCAACCGAGGACUGAAUCACGGGUUCCCAAGUAUGCAUUCAAGAUGAUACUUUGGAAGGACGGCCAAGGAUACGACCCUGCCAAGGAUCCUUCGAAGGCGUCUCCUCCGUGGCACGGGGACUCUAACCCAAACUCCUACAGCUUCUACAUAUCCACAAAGGCCACGUUGGGUAUUCACAUCAACGGCUUUCUCCUUGCCUCAACUGAGUCGAAAAACCACGGAGGCCCUGCCCGUCUCUGGACGCAAGUGUACAAUGGGGACACGCUACUCGUCUGGGGAACUCCUGAGCCGCAGAACCAGACAAAGCUCACAUUCAACUGCUUCUGGGGCGCGUCCGCUCGAUCUCGGGGCGACAACAAGGCUUUGCAAGUUGCGCCUCCACUUUUGGCCCAGCAACUGGACGCAGCCUGCCAAAAGACGGAGAAACGAAUCCGAGAUGUCGCCGAGAAGAAGAAGAAGGUCGAUGAGGCCGAGGCCGAGCAGGAGGACCGACAGCGCUAUGUUGAAAGAGAGCGCGAGAGGAGUCAACUGUUCGAGGCCAAGAGACUGGAGGCUGUGAGCUACUUGCUUUCAAGGCAGACUCAGCCUUCGCGAAGGGGUUCACCAGCCAGCGCACCACCCACAUCACUCGCUGGUCGCACGCUCAUGACGCAACUCUCACGCAUCAGUCCUGACAAGGAAACUGGGUUUGCCGCCCCAUAGAAUGGCUUACUUUUGGGUAUUUUGGGACACAGAGGACAGAGAAACAAGGGACGGUGUCCGGGAUCUUGGGAGCGAAUAGACGAUAGGACUAAGCGGGUAUUGCGUGCGCAUGAAUUUGGGAGGAAGAUGGGCGGCGCAGUUGGGCUGAUGGCUCAAGGAUGGAUGGACGGUUACUUUUUUAUGUGGUGGGAAACACGCCCCGGAGGCCGGGUGAAGGCAUCUAGAUGUCAUUAUGCACUGUUGGGCCCUCCCUCUUGUAGGGCACAGGUAUAUGAGUGGGUGUAUGGUAAAAGAAAGGCGCAGAUAUAGUAGAAAAUCAACCAAUGUGAUUAGACAACC